GAUUUCUCUACUUUGAAGAUUCCAGCUAUAUCUACACGGGAGACAGAAAGGCCAUCCUAGAGCUAUUCCGACUCCAGCAUAACUCAAUUACGCAGAACCUCAACGUCUUGAACCGCCCAUGGCCUUUCCCCUCCCGCGGGGCAUCACGCCCCCGGAGAUCGCCUUUCUCGCUGAGAUGGAGAUGGUCACGAUUGUUCCUCGUCAGCAUUUGGAAGGACUCGAGCUGUUAGGUGGCCCCGUCGAACGACUCAUCCCUGCACGCCGCACAUCCCUUCCAUUAUGGCUCGCCCUCCUCCUCAAACGCCAACGUCGCGCACAUAUUCUUCCACCUCCAUGGCUACAUCCAGAACCCCUCUCUCUCAUUCUCGACAUCGAGACCCAACAUCACGACCACCAGAAUGCCUUUUCCCCACCGCCCCCGCUCCCCGGACAGCCAGCCCUUCGAGAUCGCGGGCAGAGAGCAGUCGCCAUACCACGUCAUACCCCAGACGGUGACCGGUAUUUCCCUUCAUCGCCGUUCCUCCCGCAGAAUGUCGCGCAGGAUUAUAUACCCCCAGGCGAACCGCCGUGCCUGCCGUUUCAUUGGUUGGAAGUAGGGAAUAUGCUGCUGGAGGCGGCGAGUGAUGAUCUCGUGGACCCGGAUCAAAUUCGACGGAUGCUGAAGGAGCUACGAGAAGUACGCAUGGCCAAGGUCAGAUCUGGUGUGGAUGUUUUGGAUGCUGCUGCAACGGGAGGAGGAGGGGUCGCGCUAACAGGCGUUGGUGCCAUGGAAGUUGGUGAGGCCAGAGGGUUUGUCACUGGGGUUGUGGAUGGGCUAAGGAAAAUCGGUGCGUCGAAAGAACAAGCACGGAGGGAACAAAUGGCCGAGGAAAUGGCCAAUGGUGGAUAUGAUGCCACACAGGAUGACGACGACGAUGAAAUGGAGUUUUAAGCGCACAUUUCCUUCUUUUCGGUCUGAUAUUUAUCUCCUUUUCGAUGUUGGGAGUUACGGAAGGAAAAUCUAUGCCAUCCAACGAAUCUUUAUGUAUAUAUACCCGAACUCCAUUUUAUAAUCACAGGUAUUCCGAUUCCACCAAACACCAUAAGCAUG